GCGGCGCCCAAUGCCAUGGAGGACGAUGACGUCCUCAGCGAGGUGAUGCUCGCACUCGCGAAGGGCUGCAACGCGGAGGAGUGGCUGCUCGCGUUUCUGUCGGCCAGUGGAGUGUGCCGUCGUUUCCACGAUUGCGCGAGCCUGCCGCACGUCUGGGAGGCCGCGUGCGCUGUCCGCUGGUGCGGCCAUCUGAAACGGCGGGAGUGGAUGCUCGCCGGAGCAGAGGACCCUGGCGGCUGGAUGGCGCAGUACCGGAGGCGGGAGGCUGAGCGCAUCAAAGAGUAUCCGGUGUUCUUCAUGGGGGGCGCGAUGACGCUGGCGCGUCCGGUUGGCCUCCACUUCUUCGAGCCGAGGUAUCGCCGCCUGAUUGCGAUCGCAAUGGAGACGGACGCAAAGUUUGUGUUUGCGCCCGAGGCGCCUCACGCCGGCCAGGUCGCCUGGCUUUGCGAGUGCCACAACGUGGUUCGGUACCCGGACGGCCGCGCCGACCUGUACGUGCUCCCGACGGCGCGGUGCCACGUGCGGCACGCGAGGCAGGAGCGGUUCGACGCGCGCUACCCGAGCCUGCACUAUGCGGUCGCGGAGGUGCUGCCGGUGCAGUACUCGGCCGCCUUCACCAACCUGGCGCUCGACGCCGAGGCGCAGGAGGGAGUCAUCGGCAGCUCUGCUCGCGGCCGGGGGGGCGCGCUGCUAGACGGGGUGCGCGCGAAGCUCGAGGCGCUCGCGCGCGGCAUGCGCGCGUCUGGGGAGGAGGAGGGCGAGGAGGGCGAGGAGGACGAGGACUACGACGACGACGACGACGACGAGGAGGAGGCGGAGGAGGAGGAGGAGGAGGAGGGAGCGGAGAAGGAGGGGUAG